AUGCGUAGUCUGAAGCGUGCCCUUCCCACCACCAGGGGGAGGGAAUUCCACCUUCCUAAUAAUCCCGUGUAUCUGAUAAGAAGACAUUCUUACCACCUCCAUAAGAAUGGGGACCGAUCAGAAAGUACCUGUGGACACCCACAACCAUGCGUCAUGUUGGAGACAGAAAUUUUCCUGGACUUCAAAGGACACUUUUACAGGGGAAUGGACGUGAGGGAUCUGUGCAGGCGUGCUACAUUCGAUGAAGUUAUUUUUUUCUUCCUACAUAAGCGAUGGCCAAACGAAAGUGAAUUGAAGCGAAAAAAUUGUUACGUGCAAAAUGAAUUAAACCGUUUUUGCGAAAGGAAUGUCUUAGAAAUGGGAAGACUGCUUCAGACUUCAGAUCCCUUGCAGCUGAUACGGAUAGCUCUACUUAAGUUUUCUCACCAAUCGGAACAACAAACAGAAACAGAAGGAGAACCAAAAAGCACACACGACCCCCUUUUUAAUUAUCUCAAAAUAUUGGCUGCAUCUGUAAAGUUACUUCUCCGAUGGGGUCAUUCCGAAUUGGUUUCUCCACCCAUGAACGAUUACGCAGAUUUCACUUCCUUCCUCAUUGAUGCGUACCCCACGGAAGGGAAAGAAGUAAACUUCCAUAACAAAGGGAAGGAAGAAGAUGAUGCGGAAAAUCUGAACGCUUCACGGGAGAGCAAUGAAUCCAAGGGGCAAACCUUAACUCCCCAUCCGUGGAGAGAAGAAAGAAUAAAACUAUUAAAUGCCUUCCUCGUAUGCAUGUGCGAACAGGGUAUAAAUGAGAAUACCUUCUUCGUUCGCAUGCUCAGUAGUGUACAGUGCCACAAUUAUUUCAGUUUAUGCGUCUCCGCUAGCACAUUCUAUAUAGAUGCAUUCAGGAACGUUGACUUGCGUGACUCUCUGGAGGGGUUCCUCAGAUUUGUCGUUCCUUCGGUAGGGACAAUUAAGCGGGGUGAGCAUAACAAAUUUCAUAAAAACCGUGAACCCGAAGGGGGACACCUUCGCCAGGGAAACCAUUUGGACGACGAGAUCGCCACACACCUGAAUGUGGAUUUCUUCUUUCACAAGGGAAACUCCUACAGGGAGAAGAACGCUAUCCUUAAAGAACAUCUGACCGAGUACUGCAACAACACAUGUGAGAAGAAUCUCCAUUGCCUAAAGCAUUUCGAACAAGUGGAAGAAUUCUUCUUAAAGAAUCAGAAGAAACAUGCCUCCUGCUACUAUUAUCCCCUCUUGACAUUUCACCUUUUAGGUGUACCUCUUCCUUUGCUACCAUCUGUGUUUUUCAUAAUGAGACUACUCUCCUUCAUGGCCCACCGGCAGGAACAAAUUACCAACAACAAGCUCGUGAAGUAUGCGGGUGUUUACGUGGGCGUUCCACCUAGAGGGUUCCACAUGCAGCCAUUACAUCGUGGUGCAACAUCGCCGCAUUGA